AUGCCUUUCUGCGCGCAAGGCUACGAGGUUGCAGAGAGCGAAGCCACUGCCUUUAGGUCUCGUUGCCUAUGCUGUAACACGCCAAAAGACAGUGAAGCUGCCACUUCUUCCUGUCUAUCUACCGGAUUCCAGGAAAGUCCAGAACAAAGCCACCAUCUUCUCAUCCCUACCCACGAGGCUACACUACACAUCCACGCAGUCCCUCUCCCUAAGCGCACGCCAUCCCUCAACCAUCCACUCAACGCCUCCAUACCCUCUCCAAAUCCCCUACUCCUCGGCGCUUCUUCUUACCCACUCAGCCACAUAUCCAUGCAAUCCUUCCGCCUUUCAUCCCUCAAUUCUCCACUCCUCGGCGCUUCUUCUGCUCACCCUCGCCUCGCCUCCCUCGCCAUACCCUACCCUACCCUACCCUACCUCGCCACAACCUCCCCACAGCCUAGCCCCAAAAAGUCCAGCCCCAAAGUCCCUCUCCUCGCUCGCUUACAAGUCCAUUUCCAACUGCAACCCACCACCUCGAUGCGUGAAUAUGCAACCCUCUACUGCAUACGUGUAACACCAACAUGCAUCGCAUAUCCAUUCCCACUUUUACUCGCCUCCCGAGUCCGGAUCAAUCACAUUAAGCGCGAGGGCUAUCUGGUCCCUUCCCCCCCCCUUCCCUACUCCUACUCCUCUUCUUCUCCGACUUUCGGCUUUUUGAAGUGUGGGGCGUGUGCGCGGAUCUUGGGCCGAGCGGGCGUGAAGGUUGAGGGUUUUUGCUUCGUCCGAGGGUUGAUACAAAUGCAGGGCACACGAGUAACAAAGCCGCUAAAGUAG